UAACCAACGCACAAUUAAUUAGUUGAGGGAGGGAGGCCUGUUUAUGCCAGAAGCAGACGCGAUUGAGCCGCCGCAAAAUUUGAUAUUCAUGGCUGUCUGGUUAAUCUCAGUCAUUAGCAGAUGCGAUUGAAACCCGUUUAGUGGGCUAGGCAACUUUGAUGUAGUAUAAAAGCCCGCUGACCAUUGUUUCACAUUAAGUAUAUGCUCUAAAAUGCUGAAAUACGCUGUUAUCUUUGCCCUGCUUGUGGUUUUGGCCAGCUGCAGUGAGGAGGACUUCCAUGCGCAGCUUCUGAAGUCUGAGAACCGACAGAACUUGGACGGCGCUGGGCAGUUCCAGCAUGAGAUCGCCGUUGACAAUGGCAUCCAAGUGAAAGCCCACGGAGAUGUGAACGGCAUACAGGGCGAAUACUUUCUGCCGGGCGAAGAUGGCAAGCAGAUCCGGGUGACUUAUACGGCAGAUGCGAACGGCUUUCAUCCGAAGGUCGAGGAGUGAUCACGCGGCCUUGACUAUAUAGUAUAUAUAUGUAUAUUUACCAAACGGCUGUUUGUCAUAAAGCGAGCGAUGAGUGGAGCUUUGUUGUUGCAAUUAAACGUUUAAGGCUUUGAUGCACAUAAUUUAUAACUUCGAGGCAGAACGGGGACUCAUUAGCCAGUUCCACACUUGUAACAGGUUACACAGGAAUCCUUACAUAUUUGGGAGCGGGUAUUUAAGACCUUGGCCUGUUUUCACUGAUCACAGUUGCUUGUGCGUUUACAG